AUGGCUACUCUCAGGGGCAUGACUCAGGACUCGGCAGAAGCCGUCCAGAGCAUCCAGGAGAAGAUCCUCGCUGGUCUGAACUCUGAUCUUGCGGGAAUCUCUGUCAAGGCUUCUUCUGAUGCCUUGGCUGGUCCUCUUGUUUGGUCAGGGGCUGAGUUUCAGGGGGACUCGACCUACACUCUUCGUCUGAGUGAGGAUGAGGUCGCAGAGAUUGACAACGCCCUCGCCAAGUUCAAGACUCUUGGGUUGGACGGGGAUGAGGUCUCCCGGGACAACUUCCCCCUUCCCAACCUGUCUCGCCGCCUCCGCUCCAGCUCCGAGACCCUACACAUGGGACGAGGCUUCGUCGUCAUCCGCGGCCUCGAGGCUUCCAAAUACACCGUGGAAGACAGUGUCACUGUCUUCCUUGGUGUUGCCAGCUACAUUGCCGAGAAACGUGGCCGCCAGGAUCGCAAGGGCAACAUGCUCUGUAAGUCUACCCCUUACGCUGAAAAGGGCGGCUACACGUAUCUGAGCUCCGCCUGGACCGUCUUCAAUGACCUCCUGAACAGGGAGCCCGAGGUCGUCAAGACUCUUCUGACCCCCAACUGGCCUGUCCAGCUAUCUGGCCGCAAGGCUUCCUACUACCUCGCUCCUGUCUUUUCCUUCCACGAUGGCAAGCUCCUUGCCAGUCUCGAUCCUGCCCGUCUCGGUCCUCACCCGAGCAUGGCCAACAACACCAACAUUCCAAGCCUCACAGAGGACCAAGUCCACGCUCUGCAGUCCGUCUCUGAAGCGGCCUCGCAGAGUGAGGUGCGCCUGGAGCUCCAGACCGGUGACCUCCUAUUCUUCAACAACCUCGCCCUCGUCCACCGUAGAGACGCCUACUCGGACGAUGCUAGCUCCUCCCGGCACAUGGUUCGGCUCUGGCUUCGCAGCCAGAAGCUCGGAUGGGCCAUCCCCGACGGCAUGCUUCCCCCCUGGGAGGCGGCCUACGGAGAGAGCCGCAAGAAGAACAAGCCUGCCCUCUACCCCAUCGUCCCCGCGGUCGAGUACCCGGUCCAGAAGUACACCACCAGCUCUGCCGCCUUCAUGAUUGAGGACUCUGAGAGCUCUGACGAGGAGUGA